AUGUUCUGCCGCCUCAAGACAAUAACCCCACCUUCUUCCCUCUUCUCUUCUUCUCUCUUCAAUUGCACUUCUUUCCAUCCCGUUGCCCAUCGAUCUUUCGCAUCUUCCGCAGCCAUGUCCAACACCAAGGCUUUCUUCGACGUCCAGUACGCCCCUGUGGGCUCCAGUGCCCCCAAGACCGCCCGCAUCAACUUCAACCUCUACGAGGCUGAUGUCCCCAAGACGGCCAAGAACUUCCGUGAGCUCUGCAAGAAGCCCAAGGGCGAGGGCUACAAGGGCUCUGGUUUCCACCGCGUCAUCCCCCAAUUCAUGCUCCAGGGUGGUGACUUCACCCGCCACAACGGCACUGGUGGUCGCUCCAUCUACGGCGAGAAGUUCCCUGACGAGAACUUCAAGUUCAAGCACGAGCGCCCUGGUCUCCUCUCCAUGGCCAACGCUGGUCCCAACACCAACGGCUCCCAGUUCUUCAUCACCACCGUUGUCACCUCGUGGCUCGACGGCAAGCACGUCGUCUUCGGUGAGGUUGCCGACGCCGAGUCCAUGCAGGUCGUCAAGGAGAUCGAGGCUCUGGGCAGCUCCUCCGGUGCCGUCCGCUCCUCUGUCAAGCCCACCAUUGUCGACUCCGGUGAGCUGUAA